CUGCGAGCAGAAACCAAAGCAACUGCCGGCACCCUUUUCCUGUUCCCGUGCGACGCCUCAUAGCGCCUCUUGGACCAAGACGCCCACCGACCACAGGAUCCGUCGUACGACCUUAUAUGGGCAGUGCUCUUCCCCAGAUUCUUUUCCCCAGACUCUCGGAUAGUGUGGGGCGACAGCAAGUCGACUGAGAAUUUUUAUUCCUCUGACUGGACCAUUGGCUGCGAUAUCUCCCCCCUCGGACAAGAUGGUGCAACCAAUCAGUGCUACGGAUGAACGCUCCCCUGCGGAGAUAGAAAAGGGGCAAGACAUUGUUUACGACGAGGCCAAUGGAAGCGACAGGUCCACCGAGGGCGAAUUCUCCUGGACCCCUGAGGAAGAAACCAAGGUCCGACACAAACUAGACCGCGUCAUUGUACCGCUCACGACCUUUCUGUACUUGCUGUGUUUCCUCGACAGAAUCAACAUUGGAAAUGCGCGUAUCCAGGGUUUGGGCGAUGACCUGAACCUCAACACGGGUGUGCGGUUCAACUGGGUCACAUCCAUCUUCUACAUUGUCUACAUGUUUGUCGAAGUACCCAGCAACCUUCUUCUCAAGAAACUCGGCCCCAAGUGGUACCUGCCUCUCCUCGUGUGCGGAUUCGGCUUCGUCUCGCUCUGCACUGCCUUUGUAAACAGCUUUGCGGGUUUGCUCGUGGCAAGAGGAUUCUUGGGUAUAUUCGAAGGUGGUGUCAUGCCUGGUCUUGCAUUCUUCAUUACUUGCUUCUACAAGCGCAACGAACUUCUCUUCCGCGUCGGCAUCUACGUGUCAGCAGCCUCCAUGGCUGGAGCCUUUGGUGGUCUGCUUGCUACUGGUCUUGCCCGUAUUCCUCCAUGGGGCGCAUCAGGCAUGAUCAUUCAUACUUGGCGAAACAUUUUCUUUUUUGAGGGACUUUUCACCAUAUUCGUUGGUCUUGCCGCUCCCUUCGUGAUGCCUCGUAGCCCCGAAGAUUGCUGGUUCUUGAACGAGCGCGAACGAAUGAUUGCUUCGAGGCGACUUAUUCAGCGGGGUGGAGGCGACGAGAACGAGAAGACCCAACCACACCACAUCAAGAGGGCUGUGAUGAACAUCACCAACUAUUUCUGCGCCCUGGGCUUCUUUUUCAUCAACAUCACCGUGCAGGGUAUCUCGCUGUUCAUGCCCACUAUCCUUGCCGAUCUUGGCUGGACUGCGACAAAGGCACAGCUGUACUCUGUACCUCCGUACGUGUGUGCAUGCGUAAUCGCUAUUGGUAUCGCCUUUAUAUCAGACAAGACGAACCGCCGUGGAAUCUAUCUGGCCGUUUUCACGCUUCCUGCUAUUGCUGGCUUUUGCAUCAUGCGCUGGGCAACUGACCCCUCGACUCGAUAUGGCGGCAUCUUCCUCAUCACGAUUGGCGCUUUCCCCGGAGGUCCUGGAUUCCUUGCAUGGGCGGCAAACAACGCCGCUGGACCUGCCGUCAGAUCCGUCUCUACCGCUUAUGUUGUUACUCUUGGUACCGCCGGUGGUAUCGUGGCAACCUGGACAUAUACUCGUUCAGAUGCGCCCCGCUACCCAACUGGCCACACCAUCAACCUCGCUGGUCAAAUCUGUGUGUGCCUGCUUGCUGUCUUCGGCAUCAUCUACUGCAAGUGGGAGAACAGGCAGCGCGACAUGGGCAAAAGGGAUCACCGUCUGCAGGGCAACCGCCCCGUCGCCUCUUCGCCCGUCUUUUGUUCUCCGUUUCUCACGAUGACCGUCACCGUCGUCCUCGGCGCCCAAUGGGGUGACGAAGGCAAGGGCAAGCUCGCCGACAUCCUCGCCCACGAGUCGCAAAUCUGCUGCCGCGCCCAGGGCGGUAACAACGCAGGCCACACCAUUGUCGCCAACGGCAUUACCUACGACUUUCACAUUCUGCCCAGCGGCCUCGUCAACCCCGGCUGUAUCAAUGUCAUUGGCAGUGGCUGUGUCGUCCACGUCCCUAGUUUCUUCAAGGAGCUCGAGGCGCUCGAGAAGCACGGCCUGAACACCGAUGGCCGCAUCUUCAUCUCGGACCGCGCCCAUGUCGUGUUUGACGUGCACCAGAUGGUCGACGGCCUCGAGGAGGUGGAGCUGGGUGGCGGCAUGAUUGGCACAACAAAGAAGGGCAUCGGCCCAACUUACAGUACAAAGAUGACCAGGAGCGGUCUGCGCAUGUGCGAUUUGUUCGACGAGGCUAUUUUCGAGGCAAAGCUCCGGAGACUGGCCACCGGCUUCCAGAGGCGCUUUGGCGACCUUCUCAAGUACAAUGUCGAAGAGGAAAUUGCCAGGUAUAAGGGCCUCCGCGAAAAACUUGCUCCGUAUGUCGUCGACCAGAUCCCUCUCCUGGCUUCGGCAAAGGCCAAGAAUGCGAAAAUCCUUGUUGAAGGUGCCAACGCGCUAAUGCUGGACAUUGACUACGGCACAUACCCCUUUGUUACAUCGUCAAACACUGGCCUGGGAGGUGUCAUUACAGGCCUCAACAUCGGAUGGCGGUCAUUGACCGAGGUCAUCGGCGUGGUCAAGGCCUACACCACCCGUGUUGGAUCUGGUCCCUUCCCUACCGAGCAGCUGAACGAGGUUGGUGAGAAACUCCAGCAAGUCGGCCACGAAGUCGGUGUCACAACUGGCCGCAAGCGCCGCUGUGGUUGGCUCGAUCUUGUCGUAGUCAAGCACUCGCACGCCUGCAACGACUACACCGCUAUCAACCUGACCAAACUUGAUGUCCUCGAUGACUUUGCUGAAAUCAAGGUAGCAACAUCAUACUCAUACAAAGGUCAGACACUCGAUGGCUUCCCAGCCAACCCCGAGAUGCUUGCCGAAGUCGAGGUACACUACGAGACGCUACCGGGCUGGCAGAAGCCGACGACGGGCGUCACCAACUGGUACGACUUGCCCAGCCAGGCGAGGAGUUAUAUCGAGUACAUCCAGAACUUUGUGGGUAUCAAGGUAAAAUGGAUUGGUGUUGGACCUGCGCGAGAACACAUGAUUACCAGGGCGUAGGUUGGGAUGCUAUUGACAAUGCGGAAAAGAUAAAGACAUUCUUGGCAAAGGAAAUAGAGUGAUAAAAAAGUCUCUUAGAAAUAGAGCUAGACCAAAAUGCAGUCAUGCACACAUUGGAUGUCGAGAGAAUAGUUCACAUGACGAUUCGAGC